GUCAGUUCCUCAUUAGGCUUCACGGGACAUCAAAAUGGCUUCUUUGAAAGUAUUCCUGGUUUUUGUGUUUGCUAGAUACGUGGCUUCCGAUGGAGAUGCUCUUCUAAAACCCUGCAAACUUGGUGACAUGCAAUGCCUUAGCAGUGCGACAGAGCAGUUUUUGGAGAAAACCAGUAAAGGGAUACCACAAUACGACAUAUGGCCUAUCGAUCCACUAGUUGUGACGUCAUUGGAUGUAAUUGCUCCCAGCGAUGCGGGAAUCGUGAUACGCUUCAAAAAUUUAAACAUCACGGGUUUAAAGAACCAGCAAAUAUCUGAUUUCCAAAUGGACACUAAAGCGAAAACGGUGCUGCUGAAGACGAAAGCCGAUUUACAUAUUGUUGGGGACAUUGUAAUCGAGUUGACCGAACAAUCGAAGUCCUUCACAGGACUUUACACGGCCGAUACAAAUGUCAUUGGAGCUGUCAGGUAUGGCUACAAUUUAAAAAAUGAUGAUAACGGAGUUCAACAUUUUGAAGUCCAGCCGGAAACGUUUACGUGUGAAAGCAUUGGAGAGCCGAAGAUUACUCUCAGUUCAGAUUUGAGUAGCGCAUUGGAAAAAGAUUCCGGUAAUAAUUCCUUGGAACCCGAUAUGGAACCUUUGAAAACGUUAAGACAAGCAGCUAUUUGUAAAAUAGCUGAAGCGUGCUAUAUCAGUGUCGUGCACAACAUUAGAGCUUCGGCCAAAAUCUUACCCGCGUCAAGCUUCUUCGAAAAUCUUAAUUAAGUUUUAAGAAUUGUUUAUUAGACUCCACUUUCGUAUAAUUUGUGAUUUUAAUAUUCAUUUAUAAUCUAGCCUUUAUAUAAAAAAUACGGUUUAUUAUUUUCACUUCUCGUGAUUCUGUAGAAUUAAAAUUAGGAUCUCUAACGGUAUUUUUUAUGGAUACAAUAAACAUAAUUUACACUAAGUUUA